AUGGUAACGUCACAUCUCCCAUCUUUUAGAAGUCGUACGAUCGGAAUAGGAAUACCUCGCAAACUUCAUCUACCUCUUUUUUUACUUCGAGGUCUUAGUUUAGUACCUGCAAGUUAUGGCUUCAUUUCUUAUAUUAUUGCAGCAGAACACGUCCCUUUCCGUGAUUCUGGUGGUUUACUUGAAUUAAGAAGUACUGAAUUGGAUUAUUGGCUAGGUGCAAUGUGGUGUCUUUUGUCUGGCCUUUGGAGUUAUUGGCUUGCAGAUGGAUUAAUGCGUCGAUGGCUUUUUUAUUAUGAAGUUACAAGUAUCAUUAUUCGUCUUAUUUCCUUACAAGCAAUCAAUUGGGUGGUAACAGCUUUUGUUGUUACACAUUAUGGUCCAGAUGAACCGGUAUGGGCUUGGGUAGUAUGUAGCAUUGUUUUAGGUAUAUGCAACGUUAUUCAAUGGUUAUUCACAUCUACAACAAAAUAUGUUAAAGCUAAUGAUCCGGAGACAUUAAGACAAAUGACUUUAAGAGAUAUACAGAGAUAUAUUGUCAUUCCUUUAGCUAUUGCUGCAUUUGUUACAAUGUUAUUUCUGCUCGAACAACAAUCAAAAUUUCGAUACACUUCAAAUUUGGGGUUAACUAAUUACAAAUUACAUACCAAUUUAUCACUUAAUGAAAUAAAAUCAGAUUCAAAAGUUAAAGUAAUUAUGGUCAUAUUAACAUCUUGGGCAGAAAGUGGUUAUCAAAAACGAAUGAAUUUUCGUGAGACCACAAUUAAAUUAAUCCCUCAGAAUUCAAAUAAAAUUUCUCUUGCAUAUAGAUUCAUUCUCGGGGAUGCGCCUUCCGCAAAAGUUCACAUGAACAUGGGGAAGAAAAUUCUCGCAGAAUCAGAGAGAUACAAUGACUUGCUCAUUGUACCUGCAUCUGAUCUUUACGAUAACCUUAGUCAUAAAGUUUAUAAAAGUUUUGAAUGGGCAAAUAAAUAUGAUUUCAAUUAUUUUGUGAAAACAGAUGAUGACAUGUUCGUGCGUAUGGAUACUGUCGUUCGGGAAUUAGAAGAGUUGGGAUCUGGGCAAAAAUACUACUGGCGAGGUCUGGGGAAUAUUCCAAUUCAUAAUUCUAAUAACAAAAAUUCAGCAUUUGAUUACAAAUUACCGAUGUUCCCACCUUUUACAGCUGGGUCACUUUAUAUUUUGUCUCGCGACAUAAUUUCAAUUAUUACCACUGAUGCUCCUCGACUUUUCACAAAAAAUGAGGAAGAAAAUUUAGGAAUCUGGCUUUUUCCUUAUAAUAUCAAACCGAUUCAUGAUAGACGUAUACAAAAAGCAGAUGUUUGCGAAGAUGAUAUGAUUGCAAAACAUUUUAGCGAUUCUUAUGAUCCAGAUCGAAGUAUGAAGGAUAUGUAUGAAAAUGUCAUUAAUAAUAGACGUACGUGUGAAGGGUUUAGACAAAGAUUUUGUGCAUUGUGUUAUCCAUGUUGGGGCAGGGAAAAUAAUUGGCGAGGUCGAGGUUUUGAUUGUGAUGAUGUUAAGGGUAUUACUUUAUUACGGCAAACAGAAGUUCUCCUUGACAAAUCUGAAACUUCUAUUAAAGUAUUUGAUAAACCUCAAAACAUUACUAUGGGAAGUAAAGAGGAUGAAUGGAUAAUACCUGGACUUCUUUCAGAACAUUCAUCUAUUUAUUCUGGAACGAAUCAAUGGUAUCUAUUACAUUGGUUAUACUGGACAACAGAUUUAUCUACUUUUCAAGAACGUCACUAUAAAACCAUUGAGCUCAUAUGGGUACAUACUCCUAAUGCCAUUGUUUUUGUUCUCACAACUACAUUACCGGAUGAUUUCUUUACUAAAUAUUUAGAGCAAGGAUAUAGAAUUUAUGUAAUUAAAUUUAAUAAGGAAUUAUUAUUGAAAAGGCAUUGGUACCUUGGGCAAAAUUCUAAAAAUUGGCUUAAAAACUGGAACAAAUGGGAAAAGUCUCAAUAUUUUUUGUCACAUCUCACCGAUUACAUGCGAUAUAUACUUCUUCAUAAAUAUGGUGGUAUGUACAUGGAUAUAGAUUCACUUUGGAUACGUACUCCACCAGAUACACAAAUAGAAUUUAUUGGUUCAGACUAUUCUAAAAUUGCAUCAGAUUCUGAGUGGACCCUUGAUAAGGAUGGUACAUAUCUUUCACCAGGAAUUAUGCGUUUUCGUAAAGGUUGGUCAAUGUUUCGGGAAAUAGCGGAACGAGCAUUUUCCCCAACUUACACUACAGAUUGUUUUAAUUGUGUGGGUCCUCGUGCUAUCACAAUGUAUGUAAAAGAAUAUAGAAAUACUUUAGAAGAAAAUGGAUUUACCAUACUUCCCGGAAGAAUUCUUUAUCCUUACAAUUAUCUCGAAGUUGAUAAACUCUUAAAUUAUGAUCGAACAGCAAUUCAAGAACUUUCAAAAAUUGAGAAAAAUUCAUGGAGCAUUCAUUUAUUUGGAAAAAUGACAAAUUUUAAAACGAUUGAGGAUAGUAGUGUAGUAGGAGUAACCAUUAAGAAGUUUUCAUUAGACAUACCACAUUCGCCAGCGCCAUUAAUAGGAAAUGGAAAACCAAGUUUUCAAAAUCGAAAUUUAUCAUAUCCAUUUGUAUUAGAAGGACCUAAACAAUAUCGAUUUACAUUCAUGACAACAAUUAAGGAAAUAGAUCAAUAUGCUGGUUCACUGAAUGGAAAAUUUGAAGGAUUAUAUGUUAUUUUUGUACGUGGUGGUCCCCCUACAGCACUUAAAUCGAUUAUUUAUGCAAAAGCAAAUAAAGGGAAAUUAUCAUUUAAUUCAAAUGGAGGAGAUUGGAGUGAAACUUCCAUAACAAUUAGUAAUCCAACAAAAAAAGAUGUUAAUGCUAUUUUAAAUACUUUAAUUUAUCGACCUAAUAAAAUUUUACAAAAGACAGGUGGUAAAGACGUUAUCGAAUUGAAAGUAACAUUUGGAGAACAUCGCACAAAAUUGAGUAUUGAAGUUUUAAUACCAGUACCAAAAUGA